AUGGAUUCGACCACCUCCAUAUUCAGAGGAGCUUUACUGGUCCUAUUCACAGCUUCAUGUCUCCUGCAUGGAUCCAGAGGAGAAAUCCCCCCCAGGCCACCCGGCGGGAGCACACUUCUUCCCCCGGUGAAGCCUGAAGCCCCCCAGGCUUAUCCAGACGCAGAGAAGUCGAAUCUACCGGUGUUUACAAUGGAUUAUCCGAGAAUACAGAUACCAUUUGAGAUCACUCUGUGGGUGCUGCUGGCUUCAUUCGCAAAGAUCGGUUUCCAUGUGUACCACAAGAUCACCAUCUGGGUUCCGGAGUCGUGCCUCCUCAUCAGCAUUGGUCUGAUCGUUGGUGCCAUAAUGCACUCUGUGAACGAGGAGCCCCCCGCUGUGCUGUCCAGCAACGUCUUCUUCCUCUACAUGCUGCCCCCCAUUGUCCUGGACUCGGGCUACUUCAUGCCCACCAGGCUUUUCUUUGAGAACGUCGGCACGGUGUUGUGGUUUGCAAUUGUGGGCACACUGUGGAACAGCAUCGGUAUCGGCAUGUCCCUGUUUGCCAUCUGCCAGAUUGAGGCUUUUGGAGUCCAGGACGUGAACCUCCAGGAGAACCUGCUGUUUGCCACCAUCAUCUCGGCCGUGGACCCCGUGGCUGUGCUGAGCGUGUUCGAGGACGUGUCUGUGAACGAGCAGCUCUACAUCGUGGUGUUUGGAGAAUGCCUCUUCAACGAUGCUGUCACUGUGGUGUUGUACAACAUGUUCAGCUUUGUGGCGGACAUGCCAACGGUGGAGCCAGUGGACGUGGCCCUCGGCAUGGCGAGGUUCUUCGUGGUCGGGCUUGGUGGGAUGGGCUUUGGCAUUCUGUUCGGCUUCGUGGCCGCCUUCACCACGAGAUUCACCUCCAGGGUCAAAGAAAUCGAGCCACUCUUCAUAUUCAUGUACAGCUACCUGGCCUAUUUGGUGGCCGAGCUCUUCGCCAUCUCAUCCAUCAUGGCCAUUAUUACCUGUGCCCUCACCAUGAAAUACUACGUGGAGGAAAAUGUUUCCCAGGGUUCCUGCACAACCAUUCGCCACGUGGUCAAGAUGCUUGGCUCCAUCGCCGAGACCCUCAUCUUCUUCUUUCUCGGAGUUGUAACAAUAACAACAGACCACGAGUGGAACUGGGGCUACAUCCUGUUCACGCUGCUGUUUGCCUUCGUUUGGAGAGGUCUGGGUGUCCUGGUGCUGACUCAGAUCAUCAACCCUUUCCGCACCAUCCCAUUCAACAAGAAAGAUCAGUUUGGUUUGGCCUACGGUGGCCUGCGAGGCGCAAUUUCAUUCGCCCUGGCUUUCACUCUUCCUGAUACCAUCGUUCGCAAGCCGCUCUUCGUCACGGCCACCAUCACCAUCAUCAUCUUCACUGUGUUUAUUCAGGGCAUCAGUAUCCGUCCUCUGAUUGAGUUCAUCAAUGUCCGCAGAACCAACCGCAAUCUUGACACCAUCAACGCAGAGAUCCACUGCAGGCUCAUGGACCACACUAUAGCAGGCUUAGAGGACCUCUGUGGACAGUGGAGCCACUUCUACUGGAAGGACAAGUUCAUGAAAUUCAACAAUCGAAUCCUGCGUAAGAUCCUGAUCAGAGACAGCCAUGCCGAGUCCAGUAUUGUGUCGCUGUACAAGAAGCUGGAGCUGCAGAACGCCAUGGAGAUCCUGGACACGGUGGCGGGCGACAUGAGUGCGGCUCCGUCCAUCGUCUCGCUCUAUGAGGAAAAGAAAAGCUCUGGUAAACCUAAGAAGAAGUUCCUGGCUGGCGAUCUGAGGAGCAUGCAUGACAUCCUGUCCAAGAACAUGUACAAGAUCAGGCAACGAACGACCGCGUACAAGGGCAAGCACGCCCUGCCCAAUGACACCCACGCCAGAGAGAUACUGAUCAGACGCCACACCAGCAUCCGUCGCAGCAUCCGACCCGGCAGCUUUCAGUCAUCGGAGGUGACCAAGUCUCAAAAGUAUUUCUCUCUUCCUGCCGGGAAGAGUCUGGACUCCAAGUUGUUUCCUCGGGAGAGAGUGAGCGAUACAGACGAUCAGGAGACCAUGUCAGAAGUGGCCUACCCCUCCCGACACUCUCGGUUUGGCCAGCCUGCACGCUCCUCCUCCAGAGCCAUGAUGCCUCUACGAAGGCUGGACACCCUUAAAGAAGUUUCCUCUGUUGAGGUUCUAAAUGAAGGCAGAGGUGAGAGGGGCGGGACAGGGCGUGGUAUGUCAAGGACAAACUCCUCCUACAGUGAUUCCCAUGUGCCUGCUCCUCGCCGUCACUUCAACGCUUCUGCUGACAAUAACAACGGCUCAGCUGAUGACUUUAGGAAUGUGCAUCAGGAAGCAGAAGAGGAGGAGGAGGAGCAGCAGCCCUCCUAUCCACCUCCAGCCUGGGCGGUUGAACCCAGAGACGACUCAUCGACACAAAACCCUCUGCUCAGGCGGCCUCAGUGGAAUCCGAAGAAGUAA